AAAAAGCUAAAAGCCACAGCAAGAACUCCUCCACUCCCUCUACAAAGACUCUGAACAGCAGCAUAUCACAAGAACCCUUUUUUCCUCUCCCUCCCCUCAGUUUCUGUGCAUCAACUUUCUCUAUAUAUGGAGAAAUUUUCAAGAUCCAAAUCAAGCAGAGAAAGUGGGAUGCAGAAGCAGCCAACCAGCAUGAAUGAUCUCAGGAGCUACAGCACUUCCGCCUAUAAUCCUCCUCCAUAUCUUGACUGUGAUAAAAAGGGCAGCUUUAACGAGGUGAAAAUCAAGAAGAGUGGCAGUAAAAACAAUGGUUUUUCUUCAAAGAGUUGGAGUUUGAAGGUAGACCCUGAGUUCCAGAGGAAGAAGAGAGUUGCUAGCUAUAAGGCUUAUGAAGUAGAAGGUAAAAUGAAGGGUUCUGUAAAGAAGAGCUUCAGGUGGAUCAAGGAUACUUGCAACCAAGUCAUUCAUGGCAUUUGGUGAUUUUCUUUCUUUCAAUUCAUUUUUUUU